CGUGGUCGCCACAAGUUCUUGCCUCCCAACUAAUUUCUCAACCUUCGGAAAAAGAAAAAAGAAAAGCAGUUCCCACUUCCCAGCCGUCCGUCGCUCGAGCUCAUCGUCCAUGGCGUCGAUUUUUAAUCUGGCGGGCGUAGGGCUCUCGUCACCGGCGGCGGCGCCGAGGCGGAGCAGGGGCGGAGGAUUCGCCGGCGCGGCCGAGAGAGCGAGGACGAGGCGGGUGGUGUCGGUGAGGGCGGAGGUUCAGGCCAUAAACCCCGAGAUCAGGAAGAGCGAGGAUAAGGUCGUGGACUCCGUCGUCGUGUCCGAGCUCUCGAAGCCCCUCACUGCUUACUGCAGAUGCUGGAGGUCUGGUACUUUCCCCCUCUGUGAUGGGAGCCAUGUGAAGCACAACAAAGCUACCGGGGACAAUGUUGGUCCUUUGCUGCUGAAGAAGCCAAAAGAGUAGAUUGUACUGUAUUCAAAUGGCUAAUUUGGCAUGUUAAGCUGAUAGUCUGAACUUUGAGCAUGUGUGCAGUGAAUUUUGUCUGUCGUGCUACGGAACAUAUUGAGUUGCUGCUCCGCUAAUGAAUAAACUAAAAGAAUUGUUUGCGUAAAUGGAUCUUUAAGGUUUCAUCCAUCGUGUAGUUGAUGUUUUCUUUCCCAAGUUUGUUUGCAUAAUUAUUUAUGCUAUGACUUUUGAAGCUGGAGUGUCACCCCGCUAUUA